AUGAGUUCAUCGAUACCUGGGUCACCACAUCCUUACUUUGACGAAAAAGCUGGAGAAAGAGAAGCACGGAUAAAGAGUUUAUUUGAAUCACUCGACUGCAAGGGCAGAGGCUAUUUGGAUGCUGAAGCCAUUCUCGGAGGCUUUCUCAAAUUAACACACCUACCAGCACACACGCGUUACGUUACUGAUCUACUAGCAAAAUGCGAUACAGCGCACGACGGCAUUAUAGAUUAUCAAGAAUUUAGAACCUAUGUAUUGGAUAAAGAAAAGGAUCUUUGGCAGUUGUUUUCUGAAAUCAACAAAUCAGGGGACUUUAGAAUACAUGCAAAGGAUCUUGAGUGUGCUUUGAAAGAGGCUGGUAUUCAUGUCACGGAUGAGGAUAUUGUGAAUUUCAUGCAAGUCAUUGAUACAGAGGGAAAUGGCUAUAUCGAUUUUCAAGAUUGGCGUGAUUUCUUAUUAUUAUUGCCACGUGAAACUACGAUUCUCGAAAUCUAUCAAUACUACCAAUCAUCAACACAACUCACACACGAUGCCGAAGUUGUCAUUCCACAUACUGACGAAACAGCCAACAAUGCUUACAAAUACCUAGCAGCAGGUGGUAUGGCAGGUGCUGUGUCCAGAACAUGUACAGCUCCAUUCGAUAGACUCAAAAUAUACCUCAUUACUCAAACAUCAUACUCCAAUUCGCAACAACAAGCCAUGAAAUCAACCACCACCACCACAGCAGCAGCAGCAACCAAAAAACCCACACAGUCGGCCAUCAUUUCUGGCAUGAAGAAUAUUUAUCGCCAAGGAGGAUUCAGAGCAUUCUUUGUUGGCAAUGGUCUCAAUGUCAUCAAGAUUGUCCCUGAGUCCGCCAUCAAAUUCUACGUUUUCGAGACAGCCAAAUCCGUAUUAGCAGAAUUAACACAAUCAGAGGAUAAGAACGGUAUACCUGUGGGUGCAAGAUUUGUUGCUGGUGGUGUUGCUGGUCUAUGCGCACAAUUUUGUAUUUAUCCUGUCGAGACGCUCAAGACACGUAUCAUGUCGUCCAUGAUUAUUGAAGCCAACAAUGGAGAACAACAAAAGAAAAAGAGCAGCGAUGCAUUCAAGGCGAGACAAAAGCAUUUGAUAUUCAAUACAGCAAAAGCCAUGUAUAAAUCAGGUGGACUCAAGGGAUUUUGGCCUGGUUUGACAGUGAGCUUGAUGGGCGUGUUUCCUUAUCAAGCAUUGGAUAUGGGUAUUUACGAGACGCUCAAGGUCACCUAUCUUCAGUACAUGAACAAUCAAAAGGAUGAGCAUGGAAAAGGCAAACCUCCCAAUGUACUGAUCUUAUGGGCUUGCGGUAUGGUGAGUGGCUCUAUUGGCGCAAGUAGUGUCUACCCAUUGAAUAUGAUUAGAACCAGAUUACAAGCUCAAGGAACACCAGCACAUCCAUAUCGUUACACGUCUGCCUGGGAUGCAGCUAAAAAGACAUUCCACGCUGACGGCGCGAGAGGAUUUUACAAGGGACUGGGCCCUACUUUAUUCAAAGUCGUACCUUCUGUUAGCAUUAGCUAUGCCGUGUAUGAGUUUAGUAAAAGAACACUGGGUAUCUCUUGA